AUGGCGCAGUUCGACACAUUGGACAUUAUUGUCCUCGUCAUAUUAUUGAUAGGCACCGUCGCAUAUUUCACUAAAGGAACCUAUUGGGGGGUGCCUAAGGAUCCUUACGCAAACUCUUAUGCCUUCGCAAAUGGACAUAAAGCAGGAAAGACGCGCAAUAUACUGGAGGCGAUGGAAGAAUCCGACAAAAAUACCGUUGUGUUCUAUGGUUCACAGACUGGCACAGCGGAGGACUACGCCUCGAGAUUGGCAAAGGAAGGCUCCUCGCGCUUUGGCCUCAAGACUAUGAUAGCUGACCUGGAAGAUUACGACUACGAAAACCUUGAUACUUUCCCAGCUGACAAACUUGCGUUCUUCGUAUUGGCUACUUACGGGGAGGGGGAACCAACGGACAACGCGGUGGACUUUUACGAGUUUGUUAGAGGCGAAGAUACUACAUUUAGCAACGGCGGCACUGCAGAUGAUAAACCGUUGGAGAAUCUCAAGUUUGUUGCCUUUGGGCUAGGCAACAACACAUAUGAACACUACAACUCCAUGGUCCGCAAUGUCGAUAUCGCUCUGACGAAACUAGGUGCCGACAGAGUCGGCGAUGCUGGCGAAGGAGAUGAUGGUGCUGGAACGAUGGAGGAAGACUUUUUGGCGUGGAAAGAACCAAUGUGGGCUGCACUGACAGAGAAGAUGGGCCUUGAAGAGCGCGAGGCGGUCUAUGAACCGAUCUUUAGCAUUACCGAGCGAGACGACCUCGACGCUGAUGCAGAGGAGGUAUAUCUUGGUGAGCCCAAUAAAAAUCACCUCGAAGGCAAGCAGAAAGGACCUUACAACUCUCACAACCCAUACAUUGCACCAAUUGCCGAGUCAAGAGAGCUGUUCACCAUCAAGGACCGAAACUGUCUACACAUGGAGAUUGACAUCAAAGGCUCGAAUCUGAGCUACGAAAGCGGCGACCACAUUGCCAUUUGGCCUACAAAUGCUGGGCGAGAAGUUGAUCGCUUCGUCGAUGUUCUGGGUCUAGUUGACAAGCGGCACACUGUUGUUAGCGUCAGAGGACUUGAUCCUACAGCUCGGGUCCCGUUCCCGACGCCUACAACCUACGAUGCAGCUGUCCGUUAUCACCUUGAGAUUGGUGGCCCUGUGUCCCGUCAAUUUUUAGCCUCCUUGGCUGCUUUUGCUCCCAAUGACUCAGCAAAAACCGAAAUGGUAAAACUUGGGAGUGAUAAAGACUACUUUUCGGAAAAAGUAUCUCAGCAGUAUCUGAAUAUUGCACAAGUCCUCGAGCGCGUUGAGAGCACUAAUAGAUGGACACAAAUACCGUUUUCCAUCAUUAUUGAGCAGAUUAAGAAGAUUCAGCCGCGCUACUAUUCCAUCUCCUCAUCUUCUCUCGUACAGAAAGACAAGAUCUCCAUUACUGCCGUGGUUGAUGAGAUACGUGUACCUGGUUCUGAAAAUGUUGUCAAGGGUGUCACAACCAACUACCUGCUCGCUCUCAAACAAAGACAGCAUGGAGAUCCGAGUCCAGAUCCACAUGGCUUGACCUAUGCAAUAAAUGGGCCUCGAAAUAAGUACGACGGUAUUCACGUGCCGGUCCAUGUCCGCCAUUCUAAUUUCAAGCUCCCUUCGGAUCCUUCGAAACCCAUCAUCAUGGUCGGACCAGGAUCAGGUGUUGCACCUUUUCGAGGAUUCGUUCAAGAAAGAGCCGCACAAUCGAAAGCUGGGGAGAAGGUUGGGCAGACAGUAUUAUUCUACGGCUGCAGAAAAUCAGCAGAGGACUUUGUCUACAAGGACGAGUGGGAGUUUCUUGCGGCACAGAGCGUCAAAAAAACCCUUGGCUCCUCCUUUACGUUAUUCACCGCCUUUUCCCGCGAGACGCCAGGAAAGAAAAUCUAUGUCCAACAGCGCCUCGAGGAGAACGCCGCAUUAGUCAACGAAUUGUUGCAGAAACAGAAAGCAAAUUUCUACGUUUGCGGUGACGCCGCAAACAUGGCGCGCGAGGUCAAUGCAAAGCUGGCGAAGAUCAUAAGUGAGCAUCGGGGUAUCAGUCUGGAGAAAGGGGAGGAUAUAGUCAGGGGAAUGCGGAGUAGUAAUCAAUAUCAAGAAGAUGUAUGGUCAUGA